CCUGGCGUCGUGGGGAUGCCUCCGCCGCACUACCGCUCGGAGCAGGCGCUUCCCUGGUACUGCAAGAGCUGCUGCGGGCCCUCGGGGAGAUCGUGGUGGAAUCAUGCAGAGGCUCGGCAGUGUGCGAAGUGCAAGCUCGGCAAGGGACUGGUCUUCCACGGAGUACGCAAGCCGUCCGCCCCCUCCCAGCGGAGGAAGGGUUACCUGGGCGGCGGUGGCAACGGCUACUGGGAUGACUCCGUCAGGGUGGCCCAGCUCAAGUCCGAGCUCGCGGCGGCUCGCAAGCGGCUGGCAGCUGUGCAGAGGCCGCCGCCUGGCGGGGAGGACGUGCAGAUGGAGCCCGCUGCGGACGGGGACGCCCCCGAGUCCGUUGCCAAGGACAGGCUGCGCGAGGUCGGCGACCUCAUCGGCAAGCUCAAGGGCAUCGCGGAGCCGUCGGUCGUUGCCACGCGCGACAAGCUGCUGGCGGAGCAGGCCGAGCUGCGGGCCAAGGUGGCGGAGUCUCGACCGCUCGGGCAGCGCUUGCGCGAGAUGGGGGCUCAGUUCACCAGGCAGCAGAAGCUGCGGGACGACCAGCAGACUAAGCUUGAAGGACUGCAGGCGCAGAUACGUGACUUGCAGGAGAAGGAGCGGAUCACUCGUGACAAGCUGGCGGCCAUCGACGCUAGCAUGGAGGAGCUGGACCAGGAGCGCAAGAAGCUUCAAGGGCAGGUUCCUACGCCAGGUGACAAGGCAUCGCUUGACGAGCCGAUCAAGGGGGUCGGCGCCACGAUCGAAGGCCUUGGUAUCUUGCUCCAGAGCCUGGGCGCCGAUCACCAGCUGUCGGGCAGCCUCACGGCGAGUUUUCAGGAGUUGCAGAGGUUGCAGGUGGAGGAGGCUGCGAAGCUGGCAGCCCAGAAGGCGCAGACCGCUGCUGAGGCCGAGGCUAGUGCCAAUGUGGAGCAGGCCGAGCAGCAGGACACUGCAGCAGCCCCUCGCACACCACAGCCAGCAGUCUUCUCUGAUGACCCCGAGUUCAUGGAGGAGGUCGUCGCUGCUGGUGGCGAAAAGCACAGGCUGGAGGAGAUCUUCAUGCGAUGGGGCGCCAAGGCUGAGGGCGAGGCCUUGGCGAAGUUACAGAAUAAGGUACGAGCUGCUGGGUACCAUGGAAUAUGGGAGCCUGCCUUGCCAGGGCAGGGAGCUGGCAGCAGAGGCGGGGUCGCGGUGUUGGCCCCGUUGCGGGUGGUCAUCACCAAACCCCCAGGCCUUGACAGUCACGUGCUUCAUGAUGGCAGGAUGAUGGCGGCCCACGUUCACGCCGGGGUGAAGGGCGGCUUCGUCAUGUUGUCGUGCUACUUCGUCGUCGACGUGAAGCUGUCGCCUGAGAAUCUGGCCAUGCUGUACAAGCUGUACCAGUACGUCAGGUCGCUGGAGGCGAUGGGCGUCCCGUGGAUUGUCGGAGGUGAUUUCAACAUGGAGGUGGGCGAGCUAGGCCCGUUGUCCUGGCUCCAGUCGGCCAAUGGGGUGGUGAUGGCGCCGAGGGAGCCAACGUGUCUUCAGAGCCUUCCUGGCCGCACCAUUGACAUGUUCAUGGUCUCCUGCCGUUUGCUACCUCGCGUUCGGCAACCGGUGGUGGUUGACGCGGAGACGUGGCCGCAUCUGCCCGUGACCAUGGAGCUCUCCGCCACGGCCUUCGACGCGAAGGUCAGGAGGCUAGUCGAGCCUCGCGGCAUUCGUAGCCCGCCUGCGUCGGGGUGUGCGAGGUUUCCCCCCGACUGGGACCCGAUCAUGGUGGUCAUCCAGAGCGCGACCGACAGCGAGGGCAUCACCAGGGCCUGGGACGUCGUGCUCAGCGGCAUCGAGUUUGAGCUGCAGGGCCGCUACGACCUUGUGAAUGAGGCGGCGGAGUACUCCACGGUGCCAGGCCCCCCGACCUUCGAGCUGGUGAGCUUCCACCCUGUGGUGAAAGGAGCCUGGAGCAGGAGGUCGGCUGCCACCCAGGCCUGGGCGCAGGCUGCGCGCUGGGCUCGUCACCUCAGGCGAGUUCGAGUGGCAUUGCAGAGUUUCGUGCUUCAGCUUGGUCCGCAGCAUGACUUCGAGCUCGGCAGCGUCGGCGUGGUGCAUGACGAUGGAGUGCCUGGCCUGGUCGAUGGUGCACCCCCUGCCGCGGAGGUCGUCGGAGUGGCUGGUCUCUCCUCCGAUGGUGGUUGGCCUCGGUCGAGAGCGCAGCGACACCAGCCCCUGCGUCGUGCAGGCGAGGACCCAUCGUGGGACGCCGUACACUCCAAGGCGGCGCGCCACCUGCUGGAGUGCGAGAAUUUCUUCCAGAGGAUUUGGCGGAGGAAGGGAGUCUGGCCGCACCUGGACGCCGAGGCCGUCGGUUUCUUCUCGCGUGGCAUGCUGGUCUUAGCGCAGGCAGACUUCGAGCAGCAGGUCGACCGCAUCCUGAAUAUCUCCUCUGAUGCAGAGGCCAAGCAUGAGAAGGCCGCGUCGCAGAGCUGGAGACAGUGGGCGCAGGCGGCUUUUGUGGCUGGCGCUAGGGGAGCUCACCGCUUCCUGAAGCCCAAGGCUCUCCAGGAGAUCGUGGACGGAGGCAAUGGGCUGCAGCAUGGGUACGAACUGGCCGACCGUAAGCUGGAAUUUUGGGAAAGCUUCUGGGUGCGGCAUGGUGGUGAGGCGGUUCGCCGACCUGCUGAUGCUGACGCUUGGGAGCAGCUACCAAGGCUUGAGGCGGCUGACGUGCUCAAGGCCAUACGUUGUUUUUCUUGGCAGACAGGUGUCGGGCAGGUCAACAUCGCGCCCAGGGCCAUGGAGCACCUCUCCCGCGGGGCGCUGACGGCCAUGGCGCGCCUCUUCGAGCAGUGUGAGUACCUGCUAUUGUGGCCAGACGGCAGAUUCAUUUCGAAACUUGUGCGGCUUCCCAAGCCAGGGGGUGGGGAGCGUCUGAUUGUGCUGAUGAACACGCUGGUCAGGAUCUGGGGACGGGCGAGGCGGCCUGUCUCGGCAGCGUGGGAGAAGGCCCAUGCGCUCCCAGAGGUUUGGGGCCACGCUGGAGGCAAGUCGUCGAGUGAUGCCGCCUUUGAUUUGGCUCUUACCAAGGAGAUGGCGACCCUGUGCGAUGAUGACGCCAUCAUUGUGUUGCUGGACAUGCUCAAAUGCUACGAAUUGGUCAGGCAUGAUGCCAUAUUGUUGGAGUGCAGGGCCAAUGGAUAUCCCAUGAGAAUGGCGUUUAUGCUUGUGCAGAUGUACCAACAACUGCGUUCUGUGUACUCGUACUCGUCUUACUCGGUGGCGCGCAGGGCAUGUCAGGGCAUCCUGGCAGGCUGCACCCACGCCACGACGCUACUGAUGGUGUUGCUGACUCGCAGUAUUCGCCAGACGAUGACAGUCGCUCCUCAGGUCCAGCCCAAGGACUUGGUGGAUGAUGUCGCGCUGUGUUGGGUUGGCAAUGACCCGCGUGGAGUGCGGGAGAUGGCCAUUGCUACUCGUGCGUUCUGCAGGGCUGUUAGGCCCCUCGGACUGGUGCUGCAAAUGGAUAAGUCUGGUCACCUCACGACGUCCAGGCGUACCAGCUACCACUUCCAGAAGUACGCCAGGCUGCUGAAGAUCACUGGCAAGAGGCACAUGCGGUACCUUGGGCACGAUUUAGCUGGGCCAUCUGCCACCAGAGCCGUGCAGAAGGAUCGCCUGAAGUCUAUGCACGGCAAGAAGGCCAGCGCCCGUGCCUUGCAGAAGGGAGCAGGGCGACAGCGAGCGGCUCGGCUUUGGGCCACGGGUGUGUUGCCAUCCGUGGGGCACGGAGCCACGGUCAGCGGCAUCAGCGACAGGGAGCUGCAGCAGAUGAGGAGCAUGGCUGGCGUCUUCUGCGGCUACAGGGGGUCGGGCUCCCUGACGCUGUACCUGGCCGCGCAGAAGUGGAACUUCGACCCCAUUUUCCACGCUACCUGCAGCAUCGCGGGGCAGUACGCGGCGUGGGUGUGGGAUGGGCGUGUGACGCUCUCCCGCCUGCAGCGUGCCUGGAUGUGCUUGCGUGACUCCUGGGAUGUACGCGACACUCACGUCACUUGGGCCAGUGCACAGGGCCCGCUGUCGGCGAUGUGGUUGUCGCUCAGGAGAGUCAACUGGAACAUGGCCAGCUCCACUAUCUUGGUUGAUGAUGAGGGCCUGCACAUCAGUCUGUUGCAGUAUUGUCCCAGUGAGGUGCUGUUCUUCCUGCAUCGCAGCCUGGACCGUUGGCAGAGCCACCGCAUCCUCGACCAGCUUCCUGAGGCGCCCCCAGCCGAUGGUGCAGGCAGGCGGCAGCACGUGUGGCUUCGUGCGCUUCGGCUGGGCCACGCCUCUUUGGCGCCUGGGCACAGAGGGGCGCUGGCCAAGCUGCAGUCCAACGGCUUCUGGUCGCCGCAGCGCCGCAAGCAGGCUGGCUACAGCGACGAUGGCUCGUGCGAGUUCUGCGGGGAGGCCUACUGCGACCUCGAGCACGAGAUCUUUGGCUGCAAGGUCUUGCAUCAGCAGCAAGAGGACGAGGAGACGGAGCCGUACCCUGAGGACGUCGCCAGGAGGAGGAAGGACAUCCUGGAGGCAGCCCCGUGGCAGGACGGGGGCCAGGUGCAGGACUUCUCGGCCCUGGACGUGCUCUACGCGCUGCCCAUGAGGCCUGCCUUCAGGCCGCUGCCUGCACGCGCUCAGGCUGAGCGUGAGUGGGGGGCGAUCGGCCUGCCGUGGCCGUCGAAGCUGUACGGGGACGGUUCGUGUCUGGAAAGUGACUUCCCUGAGGAGCGGCGCUGCGGAUGGGCCGUUGUGGCCUUGACCCGAGACCUGUGGCCGUACAAAGCUCUGUUCGGGAGCCUGGGGGGCCCCAUCCAGUCGGUGCCUAGGGCCGAGCGGGUGGCUGGUCCCAAGGCCCUGCAAAGGGCCCAGAGGCCAGCCACGUACGUGACCGAUCAUUUGCAGCUGCAGGAGCCCCUGGAGCAUUUUUUCGGCAACAUGUGGGCGGAUGUUUUCGCCAGAGUGGCCGCGGCCGACUUCCUUGGAUCCACCUCCGUGGUCAAG